AAUGGCAAAGAGCUGUACGGGUCUGAGAUCCGCGAAGACUUGAACGCCGUGCUGCAGGAGUGGUUUCCUUACAACCCCAGUCGGCGACAGAAGUUGCGCAGUGUGUUUGUUGACCUGGUCAUUGAGAUCUUGCUUCACAAAGGGACGGGGUGUCACCAUAGCAACAAAGAGGCCACCGACUCCCAGCCAGGCAGCCCGCUGGGCUCUGGCCGUGUGCAGAAGUGCCAGUCCAGCUCCUUUAUACACUUUGAGGAAGAUCAAGCUCACAAACUUCCUCAAGGCUGUGUGCUGGAGCGAAUCUUCAGCAUCCAGUCGUUGGAUGACCUGGGCAUUGAGAAGGUGUUCCCCUUGUACAAGAGGCUCAAGGCUCGCAUGGAAGCAGAGCCUGGCUUGAGAGAGAAGUGGGGUCUGAAUGGUCCCUACGAUGACCUGUCCUGGCUACUGGGCAGCCAAGGGGAGCAACUGGAGGAUCUUGACCCCGGCUCUGAGGAGUACGACGUGCUCAAGGUGAAACGGUUUUUGAUCUCGAAGACCUUACAAGACUGCUCCAUCAUCGUUGCCAUCAAGCCUGCUGGGACAAAUGAGAGCAUAAAGAGCAUGGAAGACUACUUACGCUUUGAGGGUGACUUGUACGACUUCUCUGUCAGUAUUGUGGACCUCGACCCCAAGCCGUUUGAGAAGGUGAAGACGUACUUCCGACAAGCCACGGACAUCGCAAGUGCUUUCUCUGAGAUGCCGGGCAGUGGCUACAUCUUGGCCUGCCACGGUACGGGCUCCUGAUAGUGGACAGAGGAUACUGUUGUCCCUGUGCUCGUGUCUCGAUUUU